AAUAUCGACAGUUCUGCACGCAAUCAAUUAUUUUUUUAUUUUUCAUCAAUGACCUUAAGUGUCGUAGCAAAUAAUUUCUGAUCUAUCAGAGAAAGUCUCAUCAUCAGUCAAACUUAAAAAACAUGUUUAACUACAGUGUUAUGUCUGUUUCAAUUUUCGUGGCAUUUGUUUUAAGUUUGGAAAGCUUUAUUAUCUCUGUUAAUUCUUAUGUUUUACCUGAACCAACUUUUAAGAUUUUAAAACCACGAGGAAUUCAAAUAUCAAUACCAGAUACAGAGGGAUUACAAUUCUUUGCAUUUCAUGGGAAUAUAAAUAAAAAGAUUGAAAUUAAUAAGUUAGGAGAAAUAUUGGGUGAAGUAUAUAAAAAGAAAGAUGACAAAUGGACGGUUACAAAUGAAGAUGUAAAUUUAAAAAACGGAGAUGUCAUACAUUAUUGGACUUACGCGCUAGUUAAUGGAUCUACUUAUCAAAUAAAAAAUAAACAAUGGACAGUUACAUCACAGAUACAAGGAAGUGACAAUUCAGAAACGCCCAGUAAUUCUGUAGACAAAUUGGUGUUUAAUGAAAAUUUCGAUUCUCUGAAUACUUCGAUUUGGAAACGCGAUGUCAAAAUACCGUUAAGUCCCGAUUAUGAAUUUUGUGUGUACCACAAUGAACAUCACGACUCUUCAGUCAAAGUUGAAAAUGGGGUACUUCGUUUCACACCGUUGAUUUUAGAAGAUAUCUAUGGCGAAAAUGUAACGGCAUAUGGAACGUUAGUACUUAGCGGCUGUACAAGCAAUAUUGAAAUGGAAUGCUCGCGAAAAGCCGCAGCUUUUAAUAUUUUACCGCCUAUUAUAUCUGCCAGAAUAACAACAACGAAUAGUUUCUAUUUUCAAUAUGGUAAAAUUGAAAUAAGAGCAAAAUUUCCGGAAGGAGAUUGGUUAUAUCCAGAAAUGUGGCUUGAGCCAAAGUAUAACAACUAUGGCGUUGGAUAUUCUAGUGGACGCGUUAUUCUCGGCUUAGCUCGUGGAAAUCAUAAUUUAGUUAACGUUACUGCUAAUGCCAUUUACGAUUCAAGAAGAUUAGAAUUUGGAUGCAUGGUAGGCACAGCUGUAAACCACGUUGAUAGCCACAUCGUUUCUAAAAUACGCGAGAAUGGACCAAGAUGGACGAAAGACUUUCAUAUUUUUACAACCAUUUGGAACAGUGAUGGAUUUGAAUUUAUGGUAGACGGAGAACAGGUCGGUAAACUAAAUCCUGGACCAAAUGAAUGGAUGCAAGGGGAAAAUGUCAACAAAAUCGCUCCUUUCGAUAAAGAGUUUUACAUUACCCUUGGUGUUGGUGUCGGUGGUAUUCGAAUGUUUCCUGAUGGAACAACUAGCUCAGGAUAUGUAAAACCAUGGAGAAAUGUCGAAGCAAAGGCAAUGCUGCAAUUUUGGCGCAAAAAAAGUCAGUGGAUGCCAAGUUUGAAGCAAAAUGGUAGAUUAACUGCUUUCGAGAUUGACUACAUUCGUGUAUGGUCGUUAUGAUUAAAUUUGUAUAAAAAUCAAUAUAAAUUUUAUGUCCCAAAGCGCCGACCACGCGUUUUAGUUUUUUGUUUUAGAGGCAUAAAAUAAAUUGUAUAUUUAAAAUAUUAUGAAAUUUUUAAUUUAUAGUUCUCUAAAUGAGAAACAGACGUAUUCCAAUGAUUACGAAUAAAUAAUAUACGAACAAAUAAUAUCAAAAAUAUUCUAAAUAUUCGUUUAGCAUUCAACUUCACUCUUCCGUCAAACCGGUUUAUCUUGAAUAGCGUUAAAAA